GCAUCCUCACUUCUAAAGACAAGUCCACCAGGCGGCAAUUCCGCUCCUUCAGGGAAUACCUGUUGGCCCGAGCUGUGAGCCAAGGUGUUAUUGGGGACCUGGUUGCGUGUGGGUCUGUGGCGGGCUGCCCUCGCUGAUUUUGGAUGCUGGCGCCUUGCUGUUGUUAGCACUGCAACCGCUGCUAGUGUCUUCUUCGUCUCCCGCAGUCCCAGCUGCUUCUCCUGCCUGGUGGAGAACAGGUGCCUCACCUCUGGACUUGGCGCCCCAGUUGCCCGACUCCCAGGAGCCUGGGGAAUCUUCUUAGGGCUUGCUCCUGUACUCUGGGUUCAUGUCCUGCAGGGAAAUAGGAAAUACUAUUGACUGACUGUUGUGGGGCAGUGGGAAGGCUAGCGAAGCAGAGGGCUGGGGGGUGGGGAGGCUGGAAGGGCUAGAAGGAAAGGGCGGAAGCUUCUGUAGACCCUUCACACCUGUCAGAUCCAAGGAAGCCCUGUCUGCUCUUGCAUCGAGAAAACUGAGUCCCGGUCUUGUCAAGCAAGGUGAUCGGAGCGGCAGAGAGGAAACAGGGGGUGUGCACAGACUUCCCCCAACAACGGACUCACUUCCCCUCUUUUCCCUUACUCUGAUUAUCACCUCGCUGCUUCCCUCCUUGGCUCCUCACUAUCUCUCGGUUCAGGAUUAUUCUGCAGCAUUUCUCGCACCCAGCUCCAUCUAUCUGAAAAGCAACAUUAGUUAAACCAUGGCUCCUAAACUGCUGGUGCUCUUCUGCCUCCUCUCCGGCCUCCACGCACGGUCUAGAAAGAUUGAAGAUGAUGAGUAUGAAGAUCUGUCUUAUAAUCAGAAGUGGGUCCUUGCUCCAAAAACUCAAGACACCGAUGUGACUCUUAUACUCAACAAGUUGCUAAGAGAAUAUGACAAAAAGCUGAGGCCAGAUAUUGGACUCAAACCAACAGUUAUUGAUGUUGACAUUUAUGUUAACAGCAUUGGACCUGUAUCAUCAAUAAAUAUGGAAUACCAAAUUGACAUAUUUUUUGCUCAGACUUGGACAGACAGUCGCCUUCGAUUCAAUAGCACAAUGAAAAUACUAACUCUGAACAGCAAUAUGGUUGGGUUAAUCUGGAUUCCAGAUACCAUCUUCCGGAACUCAAAAACUGCAGAGGCUCACUGGAUUACCACUCCCAAUCAACUCCUUAGAAUAUGGAAUGAUGGAAAAAUAUUGUAUACUUUAAGGCUCACCAUCAAUGCAGAAUGCCAGUUGCAGCUUCAUAAUUUUCCAAUGGAUGAACAUUCGUGUCCACUGAUAUUCUCCAGCUGUAAGUACUGUAUUCAUUUUUGAGACUGUCUUAACCUUGAAUAUAUACAAUAAUAUGUAUUUCUAAUUCAUAGUAAGUUGUGAGGUAAUAAAAUUUUCCUCUAGUAUAGACAGCUGAUGUUAAUUGGUGCUUCCCAAAGGUGUAAUUUUCAUUUCAGUAUUAUAAUUCAAAGCCUUGGUCAUGAUAGAGAGUCCUUUGAUAAACUUAAGAGGUACCCCAUCAGCCAAUUUUUAGAAAUUUACCUUAGAAGUGUUUUUAAGAAAGAAAAAGAAAUAUGCUUUUUAAAUUGGAGUGUAUCAUAUUGACCUAUGAAAAACAUUUAGAUAUUUUUAUAUUAGUAAGAAAGGAAAGUAAAAGUUUUUGUCAG